AUGCGCUUCACCAGCAUUACCUUUGGCAUCACAGCGCUCCUCGCCGCCUUUGUCGCCGCUGCACCCACUCCUAACGGAGAUGUUGCUAAGCGUAUGCCGACUCCCGAGGAGUUCGAUGCCCUAAGCACUGUGCAGAAGCGUGAGCUCGCUGACUCAAAUCUAGCCGUCUAA